AGCCACCGCGGCGACUUGGCGGCGGGUGCCAGCGUCUGGAGCUUCACAUUCUCUGCCCCCCACCCACCGCGCCGGCGCUCCCCUGUCACGCCUCGGGAAGCGCGCACCUGCCAAGCAGAAUCCAAUCUCGGAUGUCACUGAUGAAGUUGUUGCAGAGAAAUACAAUAACAGCUGUCUAGACCUAUCAGUUAUUGAAUUGAGAUGUCCUGGGGCCUUUGACACAGAUGAAUAAUCUGAUAUCAUGUGAGAUGAGGAAAUAAGAAGCUUUCUGCUGACUUCAUUUUGACCCAGGGUCCGAAAGGUGAUGUAAUCCUGUGGCAAGAAGCAAUGUCUUUUGCAUGGGAGCAGAAACAGAAAGUACAUGGUGGACUUCAUUGAGGGAUGGAGAUUUGGAAGACAUGAAUGGAUGAAGAUCCAAGUGCAUGAGGGCACCUAUCAGGAUUAUUGCUGAAAUCCUUAUGGAGAUUUCUGACAUCAUAUCUGUGGGAUCCACACAAUGGGGAGGUGCUGGCCUUGGAAUCCAUGGUUCCCCAGCUAUCAUUUUACUUUAGAAUUACAGUGUUCUCUGUUCGUGUCAAGGGAAUGAACCUGAAGAGAAAAGACCAAACAUAGGACUGUUACAGGGAAGAAAAAUAUGAAAAGACCUAAAGAUGCACUUCCUCAUUAUAGGGAGAAGGCACGGGGCUAAAGUGGUUUCCAGAACGUGUCUGUUGUGGUGUGAACACCAAGGAGCAGUGGACAAGCUUCUCAGGCUCAAGGACAUGGAUUUGAUUGACAUACUUUGGAGGCAAGAUAUAGAUCUUGGAGUAAGUCGAGAAGUAUUUGACUUCAGUCAGCGACGGAAAGAGUAUGAGCUGGAAAAACAGAAAAAACUUGAAAAGGAAAGACAAGAACAACUCCAAAAGGAGCAAGAGAAAGCCUUUUUCGCUCAGUUACAACUAGAUGAAGAGACAGGUGAAUUUCUCCCAAUUCAGCCAGCCCAACAUAUCCAGUCAGAAACCAGUGGAUCUGCCAACUACUCCCAGGCUGCCCACAUUCCCAAAUCAGAUGCUUUGUACUUUGAUGACUGCAUGCAGCUUUUGGCGCAGACAUUCCCGUUUGUAGAUGACAAUGAGGUUUCUUCGGCUACGUUUCAGUCACUUGUUCCUGAUAUUCCCGGUCACAUCGAGAGCCCAGUCUUCAUUGCUACUAAUCAGGCUCAGUCACCUGAAACUUCCGUUGCUCAGGUAGCCCCUGCUGAUUUAGACGGUAUGCAACAGGACAUUGAGCAAGUUUGGGAGGAGUUAUUAUCCAUUCCUGAGUUACAGUGUCUUAAUAUUGAAAAUGACAAGCUGGUUGAGACUACCAUGGUCCCAAGUCCAGAAGCCAAACUGACAGAAGUUGACAAUUAUCAUUUUUACUCAUCUAUACCCUCAAUGGAAAAAGAAGUAGGUAACUGUAGUCCACAUUUUCUUAAUGCUUUUGAGGAUUCCUUCAGCAGCAUCCUCUCCACAGAAGACCCCAACCAGUUGACAGUGAACUCAUUAAAUUCAGAUGCCACAGUCAACACAGAUUUUGGUGAUGAAUUUUAUUCUGCUUUCAUAGCUGAGCCCAGUAUCAGCAACAGCAUGCCCUCACCUGCUACUUUAAGCCAUUCACUCUCUGAACUUCUAAAUGGGCCCAUUGAUGUUUCUGAUCUAUCACUUUGCAAAGCUUUCAACCAAAACCACCCUGAAAGCACAGCAGAAUUCAAUGAUUCUGACUCCGGCAUUUCACUAAACACAAGUCCCAGUGUGGCAUCACCAGAACACUCAGUGGAAUCUUCCAGUUAUGGAGACACACUACUUGGCCUCAGUGAUUCUGAAGUCGAAGAGCUAGAUAGUGCCCCUGGAAGUGUCAAACAGAAUGGUCCUAAAACACAACCAGUACAUUCUUCUGGGGAUAUGGUACAACCCCUGUCACCAUCUCAGGGGCAGAGCACUCCCGUGCAUGAUGCCCAAUGUGAGAACACACCAGAGAAAGAAUUGCCUGUAAGUCCUGGUCAUCGAAAAACCCCAUUCACAAAAGACAAACAUUCAAGCCGCUUGGAGGCUCAUCUCACAAGAGAUGAACUUAGGGCAAAAGCUCUCCAUAUCCCAUUCCCUGUAGAAAAAAUCAUUAACCUCCCUGUUGUUGACUUCAACGAAAUGAUGUCCAAAGAGCAGUUCAAUGAAGCUCAACUUGCAUUAAUUCGAGAUAUACGUAGGAGGGGUAAGAAUAAAGUAGCUGCUCAGAAUUGCAGAAAAAGAAAACUGGAAAAUAUAGUAGAACUAGAGCAAGAUUUAGAUCAUUUGAAAGAUGAAAAAGAAAAAUUGCUCAAAGAAAAAGGAGAAAAUGACAAAAGCCUUCACCUACUGAAAAAACAACUCAGCACCUUAUAUCUCGAAGUUUUCAGCAUGCUACGUGAUGAAGAUGGAAAACCUUAUUCUCCUAAUGAAUACUCCCUGCAGCAAACAAGAGAUGGCAAUGUUUUCCUUGUUCCCAAAAGUAAGAAGCCAGAUGUUAAGAAAAACUAGAUUUAGGAGGAUUUGACCUUUUCUGAGCUAGUUUUUUUGUACUAUUAUACUAAAAGCUCCUACUGUGAUGUGAAAUGCUCAUACUUUAUAAGUAAUUCUAUGCAAAAUUAUAGCCAAAAGUAGUAUAGAAAAUAAUACGAAACUUUAAAAAGCAUUGGAGUGUCAGUAUGUUGAAUCAGUAGUUUCACUUUAACUGUAAACAAUUUCUUAGGACACCAUUUGGGCUAGCUUCUGUGUAAGUGUAAAUACUACAAAAACUUAUUUAUACUGUUCUUAUGUCAUUUGUUAUAUUCAUAGAUUUAUAUGAUGAUAUGACAUCUGGCUAAAAACAAAUUAUUGCAAAACUAACCACUAUGUACUUUUUUAUAAAUACUGUAUGGACAAAAAAUGGCAUUUUUUAAAUUGUUUAGCUCUGGCAAAAAAAAAAAAAUUUAAGAGCUGGUACUAAUAAAGGAUUAUUAUGACUGUUAAA